AUGAAAUUCAAGGGCGGGAGCUCUAGCGCACAGACGGUGGACCAGUGCAGAAUGUUGGUGGUGGCUGCCCAGCGCCCUGUGCCGCGAAGGAUUCUGGGCCUGUGUGUGGGCUCUUUGGGGAAGUGGGCGGACAACUUCGUAGCCCAGGGCUGCGGAGGAAGCAAGGAGCACAGCUUCCAGCAUCCCUUCCUGCAGGCAGUGGGCAUGUUCCUGGGGGAGUUCUCCUGCCUGGCUGCCUUCUACCUGCUCCGGUGCAGAGCUGCGAGGCACCCAGAUGCCAGCGUGGAUCCCGAGCAGCCCUUCAACCCCCUUCUUUUCCUGCCCCCAGCCCUUUGUGACAUGACCGGGACCAGCAUCAUGUAUGUGGCCCUGAGCAUGACCAGCGCCUCCAGCUUCCAGAUGUUGCGUGGAGCAGUAAUCAUUUUCACAGGCCUGUUCUCAGUGGCCUUCCUGGGCCGGAGGCUGGUGUUGAGCCAGUGGCUGGGCAUCCUCGCCACCAUCGCGGGCCUGGUGGUCGUGGGCCUGGCUGACCUCCUGAGCAAGCAUGACGACCAGCACAAGCUCAGUGAAGUGAUCACAGGGGACCUGUUGAUCAUCAUGGCCCAGGUCGUCGUCUCCAUCCAGAUGGUGCUAGAGGAGAAGUUCGUCUACAAGCACAAUGUGCACCCCCUGCGGGCAGUUGGCACUGAGGGCCUCUUUGGCUUUGUGAUCCUGUCCCUGCUGCUGGUGCCCAUGUACUACAUCCCUGCCGGCUCCUUUAGCGGAAACCCUCGAGGGAUGCUGGAGGAUGCACUAGAUGCAUUCUGCCAGGUGGGCCGGCAGCCCCUCAUCGCCCUGGCACUGCUGGGCAACAUCAGUAGCAUCGCCUUCUUCAACUUUGCGGGCAUCAGCGUCACCAAGGAGAUGAGUGCCACCACCCGCAUGGUGCUGGACAGCCUGCGGACCGUCGUCAUUUGGGCACUGAGCCUGGCGCUGGGCUGGGAGACCUUCCACCCGCUGCAGAUCCUCGGCUUCAUCAUCCUCCUGAUGGGCACUGCCCUCUACAAUGGGCUGCACCGCCCACUGCUGACCCGGCUGUCCCGGGGCCAGCCCCUGGCAGAGGAGGGCGAGCGAGAGAGACUGCUGGAUACCUCUCGGACUGCCAUUAAUGAUGCCAGCUGAGCCUCCUGCGGGGCCUCUGCUGCCACCUGGAUGCACCUUGUUCACCCUAAGGCUGAGGCCACACAGACUAGUGAGCCUCAAGUUCCCCAAGGCCUCGCCCUGCCCCUCCCACAGACCCCCAGGACCUCUACUACCACAGAAGAUGACAGGACACCCAGGUCCUCCUUUGUCACCACCUCCUGCAGAAAGGGGUUACCCAGCCCUCAGGGACCUGAAAGCAGUGACCGACCCCGCCAAGCUCCCCCCAGACCCCCAAACCCCUGCAGCAGCACUAGAGGGAAAUCAUGAAGUGGAAUUGCAGGAACUAACAACCCUAGAAUUUUCUAAAUCAAGCUAAAAUCGAUUCUCCAAAGAAGAGAGGUCAAUGAGCAAAUUCAAAGGAGAAUUCAGUACCAUAUUUUUUAAAACUUGAAAGAUAUUCCCUAACGCUGUCUGGAGCCUUAGGUUUCACUGACGCAGUGUAUGCUCCCCAGCCCAUUACCUAGUAGCUCUGGGCCUUGGUGUCCUGCUCUGCAAAGCAGAUGGUGUCAGCGCUGUGGCUUCAGCGUCUUCCAAACCCAGCUGGCCCAUUCUGUGGGCCUAUAAUUUUGACCACCCUGGGAAAGGAGUAACAACCUAUUUAUUCGGAAUUCCCCUCUGCCCACAGUGCCUCCUCCCCGGCCUGUUUUGGUGUCCGGUGUCCUUGCUCACACACCCUCAGAGCUUCCCUUCUUGAGAGAGAUCAUGGGAAUUCCAGGCAGCCCUUGAUAACAGCUUUUAUGGACUGUGCACCUUCCAUUUCCAAGGUGAGGAAACUGAGGCUCAGAAGUAUAAGUUGUUUGGCAAGAGUGGUGUCCUGCCAUGGGCUCUGGCCAUGUGGCCACAUGAUCCUGCCACAGGCUGGGAUCUAGAACACAGUUGACCCUCAGCCCCAGCCCCAGCAACCAGACCCCAAUAGGGCACACCCCAGGGUGACGGACUGACCAGGAUUCUACCCAUUCAGAGUAAUUCUGGCAUCCCAGGCAUUAUAUGGAGUAUUUAACUUCCAUUCUCUCACAUAACAAUCUGCACAGGUGGGUGCAGAUGAGGCAACCGUGGCCCAGAGAAGGUUAAGUGACUUACUCGGGAAACAGGUGUUUAAGCAAGGUUGGCCUGCUUCCAAACCUGUAGCCCUACCUACCAUACUGGUCUCUCUCUGAGGUCUUUGGGGGAAUUUCCUGUGGCUGGGAUAGAAAUGUCCUGAGCUGGUGUCUUCCU